ACAUGGAUCGAAAAUCUCUUUGCAACUUGCGAUGGCUCGUUAUUAGCGAGUAUCAUGGGCGCCGCUGAGCUCUAUCAAGUGGACCCAUUUGCUCCCUCGAACGGCACAACCCUCAUCCACACAUUUCCAGAAGCAACCGCUCUCUUUGGCAUCGCAGAGCUUAGCCGCGGCAACUAUGCCGUCAUCGCCAGCCUCUUCAAUUCGACAUCUCUUUCGGGCACCAACUGGACUGUCUGGAGCGUAGAGCUACAACGAAACACCGCCGCGGAAGUCUCCAAAAUCGCCGACGUACCAGAUGCAGGAUUCCUCAACGGAAUGACGGCGUUGAACAACCACACACUCUUGAUCGCAGACUCCGCAAAUGGCACUGUCAUCAAGCUUGACACCAGGAAUGGAACGUACGAAACAGCCAUCGACGACGCCAGCAUGAAGAUCCUCCCCGGCGCGCCUCUUCCGGUCGGCAUCAAUGGUCUCAAGCUCCACCGCGAAUACCUAUACUACACGAGUUCAACCCAAGGAAGCGUCAAUCGCGUCAAGGUGGACAAGGAGGGCUACGCAUCCGGUCCCAUCGAGACAAUCUCCAACAGCACCACACUUGUUGAUGAGCUCGUUGUCGCUAGGGACGGCAGUGCGAUCGUGGCCCGGCCAUUGGGAAAUGACGUUGCGAGAUUCUCGCUCGAUGGCACCCAUGAGAUCCUCGCUGGAGGUCUGAAUUCCUCGGACGUUGCUGGUGCCGUCAGUGUCACGCUUGGAAGAACUAAGAAGGAUAGAAAUGUUGUUUAUGUUUCCACAAAUGGUGGUAUCGCAGCGCCUGUCAAUGGUACUUUUACGGAAGGAGGAAAGGUUGUAGCGAUUACGCUGCAAUAAGGAUUUUAUAUGUAAUUAGAGUAUGUUGUAAAAUAAAGACGCUCGAGAUAGAAAAUA